AUAUGGGACGCAGGACUUUCUAGUGACGCUUGUAAUGAAGCAAGAGGUGUUGUACCCUCUAAUGCGCCUCAUAAAUUCAAGGCAGAAAAAACGUUCACGAAAGGCGGAUCAGUCCCUCUCAUGAUUGCACUAACCCUACAGGAUGGUUUGGGAAACGAAACACAAACCGAGAAUGUACGCAACCUUCCUGCACGCACCAGGUAUGGAUGCAACAGCUUCUUCAAAGGGAACCUAGUAAAAGUCGUCUGUAUCUACAAAGAAUGUUUCGCCUAUAGCAAGCACGCAUCUGGCGAAAUAUGUGACUAUUUUGUGUGA